AUGACCUACCUUGUUGACUCCUAUCAGCGAUUCCUGGCGAGUCCCAGGAACGCGCCUCUGGCUAGCAAUGCCACGCUGGUCUAUGUACCCGUUACCACCAAGAUCGAGGGCGCCGACGCCAUCGCGACCCAUACGUCACGCCAAUCACACAUUGUCAAGAAGAGGUCUGACAAGGUGAUGAAUGCCAUUGAGAGCUCUGAUGCACUGUGCUUGGAUAUGGAGACCACCCUGGAAUUCCUCGAGGGGGGAGGCGUCUAUCUUCCUUCGCUUGAUGACAAUUUCUUGGUCAACCGCGUGGUGACCUUCCCCACGAUUCACAUCGUCCAAUUCAAUGCCGAACAGCAAAUUCAACAAGUCCGCGUCUACUGGGACCAAGGCUCGCUAUUGAGGGAGGUCGAGGUGAUCGGCGCGCGGGGUCGGGCCUGGCCCAUUCGCCCUGCGCAAGACCAGAUUCGCUGCUUGAAGAAGGCAAUCGAUGAGAAGUCCGCACCCGUCCUUGCGUCUACCACCGAAGGCAACAAGAAGGAUUUACCGACUCGACCUGCAUCCCCAGGAAAGCGAUACAUCAAGGACCCGUACUCCGCAGAUUCGCUCUUCGACCUGCUAUCCCCAAACAAGGACGAUACCCCCGCGGACCCAUUUCACGAGCCAUCGCAAUCGAAAUCAUCCAGCAAGAGAUAUACCCGCGAUCCGUAUGCUGCCGAGUCUUUGACGGAAUUGCUAUCUCCUAGCAAGCGGGAGGAGGCUCCUCCCCGUCCUUACGCACCUGCUGCCGCACGGCCGCGGGCUCAUGAUUACAACGAGCUUUUCGUAGGGGAUGAUGAUGAGAUGCCAAGCACCCCUUCCAAGGCUGAGAAAAAGGUCGCACCCAAGGCGGGCGCGAAGUCGCAGGGCAGUCGCAUCUUUGGUGACGAGGGAGAAGAGGAGGAUGUCAAGGCUGAUCGGGCCCCGUACAAGACGGACCCGAAGAAGUUCAACCACUUCGAGAUUGGCGGUGACAAUGGCGAAUUCGAGGUCAAGCACCAGCCGCAGCGCAGCAGUCAUUCACGCCAGGCGUCGCAAAACGAUGUGGAUGAUCUUGUGACUCCUCAAAAGUCCAGCCGCGUAACCAGGACCGAGGAGGCCCGCGGGUUCGGGUAUGCUGAAAGCGAGGCGGACCUCCAGACUCCCGUCUUUCGUCAAGCCGUGCACAAGCCCCGUCGUGAUGCAGACAUUCACUUUGAUCUGACAGAUGAUAAUGACGAUGGGGAGGAGGACCGUCCGACGAGCUCUUAUGAGAAUCGAGGCAAGGGCCUCUAUGAGGAUCGUCUCUUUGAUGACGACGGCACCCCGAAAGCCGGUGACGAGGCCAUGGGUGUCACUGGCAACAGAUCGAGCCGCCACAGUCAUCUGGAGUCACACUGGGACGUGACGGAUGAAUCGCCCGUGUCGAGUAAGACUGGGGAUGAAAACCAAAGAACCUUUGCUCCGGAUCGGGCUCGGGCUGUGCAAAUGAUGGAGUCCUCCUGGGACAAGUACGACAAGUCUCCCGAGCCUAUUCGCAACGCCACGGCUCUGCACAAUCCCUUGCGCCAUAACCAGCCUUCCUGGACCAUCGGGGACGACGACUAG